UCCAUUGAACCCUUGCCAUUCGACCCGGAACUUACAUAACUCAACGACGUCGUUUUAAGCCACCUUCCCCAAGAACACUUUCUUGCCAGAGCCCAAAUCACAACUCUUUCCGAGCAAAGGCUUCAACUCCGGCGAAGCAAACUAUCUAACCGGACGCCGGUCAAUUAUUUUCAGCUAUGAAUCAAAAAUUCGGGGGAGGAAAGCUGCCGACCGGCACUCCCUCGUUUGCUUGGUCCAGCGUCGUCGUCGUCGCCUCGCUUCUCGCCGGAGCCUCCAUCGUCCACAGUCUCUACAAACCUGAUCUCACAUUGCCUCCUAUGGAUAGUGUUGAUGUGAGCAAGGAGAACCAGCCUGCGAAGAAAGAAUGAAACUGCUUUUGCUUCAAGUGUUUUCUGCUUUCGCCGAUCGGCUGUGUUUGAGUUGUAAACUUGUUUUCGCAUUACGACUGUUUCUCUUUCGCAUUUGUUUGUUUGAUUACGAUAACUUUGCUGCUGCAUAAGAGUUGAAGAGAAAUUCUAUAGGAGUACUAAGUCAUAGUUUGUAUAAUUCACAAGGUCAGCUAUAACGAACUAGUAUAAUAUGAUUGCAGAACAUCAAUGACAGCUUGAGAUCUUUCAUGAACAAGAAGUGAUGUUAUCCGAUUAGGCGAUACGGUUUACAGCUAACACCUGAGUUCGGCGGAUGCUUGAGCAUGUUUAAAGGAACAUUAUAUCUUAGUCAAAUUAGCCGAGGCAUUCAAAUGUACACAUAUGGGGAUCUUUCCUAUGGGCUCACUCUGGCUUUUUGUGGUUUUUUUUCUUCAUUUUCGGAUUAAUGUACUGGUGAAAUUACUUGGUAGAAGAAUAAAAUGUGGGCUGCUAUAUUCAACUCAUCCAGGCCAGGAAUUUUCCUACUCUUUAUUCUGACUUUACAUAUAUGAUGCCCAAAUGCAUGCAUGGAGAUAAGCUAUUUUCAUUUCAUUUACAACUAGAGACAAUAAUUGCAGUAAGACAGAGGCUACCGAGGUCUAGUUCUAUUAUUUGUAUAUGAUUACCUUUCAUUUUCAGUUUGACAGCAUCUAACACUUCUAGAUAAGAAUUGUCAAAUGAUAACACAUGUAAAAAACGAAGACUUGUUUGCCAGCCAAAUCAGAAUGGGUCAUUUUCAGAAUUGAACUGUGAUAUUGUUCAAUGGGGGACGCGUUAGCAGUAAAUAGUGACCAGGGCAAACCUUAUGGUCUACUUUACUCAAAAUUGCCCUAUAAAUAGAUGUGAGCUAUUACCAACUCUCCAUCACCUUCAAACCUUCUCAUUUCUUCAACUCCAUUUGCAGUAUUAGUUGCUUUAAGUACAAGUUAUUACCCACUAUAUUGGUUUUGGUAUUGAGUGGGGAAGUUUACUUUCAAAUUCAAUGAUAAAGUCUUUUAGCUCCAGUGCAAAUGUUGCCUCAGUUGCAGUGCUGUUGUUGCUUGCCCUGAUGAGUACAACUAGCUCAGCUCAGCUCUCCUCCACAUUUUAUGACAGCACCUGUCCAAAUGCUCUCGCUACAAUCAGAAAAUCCAUAAGAACAGCAGUCUCAGCCGAACGCCGGAUGGCAGCCUCCCUAAUCCGCCUGCAUUUCCAUGACUGUUUUGUUCAGGGUUGUGAUGCAUCAAUCUUACUUGACGAUACUGAUUCCAUCACAGGCGAAAAGAACGCACUGCCUAAUUUAAACUCUGUGAGAGGAUAUGAUGUCAUAGAUAAUGCCAAAUCUGAAGUGGAGAAACUAUGUCCUGGUGUAGUUUCUUGUGCAGAUAUUGUCUCCGUGGCUGCUAGGGAUGCUUCAGUUGCUGUUGGAGGUCCAGACUGGUUAGUGCAGCUUGGAAGAAGGGAUUCGACAACAGCAAGCAAAGCUCUGGCUGAAAGCUCGCUUCCCAGUUUCUUAGACAGCCUUGAAAGCCUUACGAGGAGAUUUGAUGGUUUAGGCCUGAAUGUCAGAGACUUUGUUGCGCUCUCGGGUGCACAUUCAAUUGGACAAGCUCAGUGCUUCACAUUCCGCGGAAGAAUCUAUAGUAACACCAGUGACAUUGAUGCAAAUUUUGCUCGAACUCGCGGACGAAAUUGUCCAGCAGCAGCCAAUGUUGGUAAUGCAAAUUUGGCAGCACUUGAUUUGGUGACACCUAACCAAUUGGACAACAACUACUUCAAGAACUUGAUCCAGAAGAAGGGGCUCCUUGCUUCCGAUCAAGUUCUCUUUAGUGGAGGAAACACAGACAGCAUUGUCUCGGAGUAUAGCUCAAAACCUGCAAACUUCAAGGCUGAUUUCGCGGCUGCUAUGAUUAAGAUGGGAAACAUUAACCCUCUCACUGGCUCAAAUGGGCAGAUAAGAAGCGUUUGUAGUGCUCUAAACUAA